UUAGCAUGUAUAGAUACUAAUGAAAGGUAAUGAGGAAGCUCUGUUAACAGAUUUUCAUUCAAAGCUUUUUUGUCCUUUCUGUAUUUCAGCACAUGCGAAUGGUGCUCUGGAGAGCCUUCUGUGAUUACAACUCACACCUUUUCCUGGGACACUUUCUUGAAAGAAUCAGCAGACAUCCAAUUUACCCAGAUAUAAUUCCAGAUUAACGGAGUUUUUGCAGAGCUGAUUACACUUGACUCACUGAGACUGGAACAGUGGCGCAUCACAUGCUCGGAGUGAUAACGGGUUAAAAAAACUGCCAAGUUUGGAUCUUUUCCUGCCUUAGAAGCCAGAAAAAUGGAGAAUUGAUAUUCAAAGGUCUCUGCGGGCGGAGGGUCUGGAACCGGACCACGGGGCGUCCAUGACCCCCGCGGCUGCGCCCCGUCAGCGAUGAAAGGCCUAUCGGGCAGCCGCGGCCACCACCACGGAGUCGCCUGUGACCCGGCCUGCGACUCGCACCCCCCGGACCGCAAGCCGUACCUGCUGGGCCCGGCGGAGCCGCACCCGGCCGACCACCCCUACUACGCGCAGCGCAACUCCUUCCAGGCCGAGUGCGCGGGCCCCUUCAGCGACCCGCUGGCCAGCAGCACCUUCCCGCGCCGCCACUACGCCUCGCAGCAGGAGCUCAAGGACGAGUGCGCCCUCGUGCCCCGCGCCCUGGCCGCCAAGGCCAACCGCCUCCCCGCCAACCUCCUGGACCAGUUCGAGAGGCAGCUGCCGCUCGGCCGCGAUGGGUACCACACGCUGCAGUACAAGCGCGCGGCGCUGGAGCACCGCAGCGACAGCCCCGGGCGCAUCCGCCACCUGGUCCACUCGGUCCAGAAGCUCUUCACCAAGUCGCACUCCUUGGAGGGGCCGGCCAAGGGCAGCGUGAACGGGGGCAAGGCCAGCCCCGACGACACGCAGGCCGCCAGGUACGGCAAGCGCCCCAAGAGCAAGGAGCGGCGCGCCGAGCCCAAGGCGCGGCCCAGCACCUCGCCCGGCACCUCCCCGGGCUGGUGGAGCUCCGACGACAACCUGGACGGCGACAUGUGCGUCUACCACUCCCCGUCGGGCGUGAUGACCAUGGGCAGGUGCCCCGACCGCUCGGCCUCGCAGUUCUUCGUGGAGACCUACAACACCCUCAGCGAGCAGGCGGUCAAGGCCUCGCGGAGCAGCAACGACGUCAAGUGCGCCACCUGCGCGCACCUGCCGGUCACCCUGGACGCGCCGCUCCUGAAGCAGAGCGCCUGGGCCUCCACGCUGACGGUGAGCCGAGCCCGGGAGGUUUACCAGAAGGCCUCGGUGAACGUGGACCAGGCCCUGGUGAAGGCCGAGGCGUGUCAGCAAGAACGCUCCUGCCAGUACCUUCAGGUUCCUCAAGAUGAAUGGACAGGGUAUACCCCUCGAGGUAAAGACGAUGAAAUUCCAUGCCGAAGAAUGCGGAGUGGCAGCUAUAUUAAAGCCAUGGGAGAUGAAGACAGUGGUGACUCGGACACAAGUCCCAAGCCUUCGCCCAAAGUUGCUGCACGAAGAGAAAGCUAUCUCAAGGCCACUCAGCCAUCCCUCACAGAACUCACCACACUCAAGAUUUCCAAUGAACACUCCCCCAAACUCCAGAUCCGGAGUCACAGUUACCUGAGGGCAGUCAGUGAAGUCUCCAUCAACCGAAGCCUAGACAGCCUUGACCCUGCAGGCCUGCUCACGUCACCAAAGUUCCGCUCCAGGAAUGAGAGCUACAUGCGAGCCAUGAGCACCAUCAGCCAGCUGAUGAUGGUGGUGAAGAUGGCGGUAGUGAUGGUGGUGGUGGUAAUAGUGAUGAUGGUGGUAGAGAUGGUGGUAUGGCCGGUGCCCGGCUGCUUCCGCAUGCGGAGCCACAGCUACGUGCGCGCCAUCGAGAAGGGCUGCUCGCAGGACGACGAGUGCGUGUCCCUGCGCUCCGCCUCGCCGCCGCGCGCCGCCACCACCGUGAGGACCAUCCAGAGCAGCACGGGUGUCAUAAAACUGAGUUCUGCAGUUGAAGUGUCAUCUUGCAUUACAACAUAUAAGAAGACACCACCUCCAGUCCCACCCAGAACUACCACGAAACCUUUCAUUUCUAUCACAGCCCAGAGUAGCACAGAGUCUGCCCAGGACGCCUACAUGGACGGACAGGGCCAGCGAGGAGAUAUUAUCAGCCAGUCUGGACUGAGCAACUCCACGGAGAGCCUGGACAGUAUGAAGGCUCUGACAGCCGCCAUCGAAGCCGCAAAUGCCCAGAUCCACGGCCCUGCAAGUCAACACAUGGGCAACAACCCCGCCACCGUCACCGCCGCCACCACCGUAGCCACCGUCGCCACAGAGGACAGGAAGAAGGAUCACUUUAAGAAAAACCGAUGCCUGUCUAUUGGGAUACAGGUGGACGAUGCUGAAGAGCCUGAGAAAGCAGGGGAAAAUAAAGCACCCAGUAAGUUCCAGUCCGUGGGAGUGCAAGUAGAAGAAGAGAAGUGGAGCUCCAAUCUACUAGCAUUCCAGAUUUCUAACCAGUGCGGAGGUAAAUUCAUAUGCACAGGACAAAGAGUUGCAGAUCCCGGGGAAGACAUGACCAGAAAGCCGCAGCAAACCUCCGCCGUUGAGUUACGGAAGCUGUGCACAGUCAUCACUGUGACCGUCUAUCGGUGCGAUCGCCGGGUCGCUCUGCCCAGUGUCGCCUGUAGCAUGUCUCUGCAGCCUUCGAAACAGUGGGCGGCAGGCAAAGCAGCUCUCCUGCCAGGCGGCUGUCAAGGAGGAGCCCCUGCUGUCACCGAGCAGGCGAAGUCCCGAGCUUCAGCGGCUUGGCGUGACGGGAGAGUUCGUAAUGGCCCCGAGCUCCGCGUGGGAAUGCUGGAACUCAGCGUAGUGCCCAGGCAUACUGUGCAUCGUCAGAAACCGCUGGCUAGCCUGGCAGUUUUAAACAGAGAAACAGUUCUAGGGAAAAUCCGAACUGCAGUGGGCAGUGCCCAACUUCUCAUGGCCCAGAAAUUCUACCAGUUCAGAGAACUGUGUGAAGAAAACCUGAACCCUAAUGCUCAUCCAAGGCCCACCUCCCAGGAUUUGGCGGGGUUCUGGGACAUGCUGCAAUUGUCCAUAGAAAAUAUUAGUAUGAAAUUUGAUGAACUCCAUCAGUUAAAGGCCAAUAAUUGGAAACAGAUGGAUCCUCUUGACAAGAAGGAGAGAAGGGCCCCUCCUCCAGUGCCAAAGAAGCCGGCGAAGGGCCCCGCGCCGCUGAUCCGGGAGCGCUCGCUGGAGAGCUCGCAGCGCCAGGAGGCCCGCAAGCGCCUGAUGGCCGCCAAGCGCGCCGCGUCCGUCCGCCAGAGCUCGGCCACCGAGAGCGCCGAGAGCAUCGAGAUCUACAUCCCCGAGGCGCAGACGCGGCUCUGA